AACCGGCGAAAUGCAGCGGAUUUUACUAAAAACUCGUAAUUAUUGCACAGUUUUAAAGGAAGUGAGUAAAAAUCUAAACCUUGCCAAAGCGAAGCAAAACAAAUUGGACUUUAAUGAACUUAAAUAUCCGUCGAAAGUACCAAGUAAACCCACAAAACACAGUUUACCAACGGGUAAAAAACCUAUAAUAGAUGCCGCAACGAUACAACUUCUUGAGCGUCUUGCUUUGGUUAAUUUGGAAAAUAAAGAAGCUUUAACUACUUUAGAAAACAGUAUAGAAUUUGCGGAAAAAAUUGCACACAUCGAUACAACCAACGUAUUGCCACUUUACACUGUUUUGGAAGAACAAAACUUACAUUUGCGCGAAGAUUCCGUAACAGAAGGUAAUUGUAGAGAGGACAUCCAGCGUGGCGCAAAAGUCACCGAGGAGGAUUAUUUUGUUUCGCCACCCGGAAAUAUUCCACUACAACAGAAAGAAAAAAAUUUUUCUGAUAAUUAGUAUUGACCAAAAAUGAAACAGUUAAAUAAAGUUAUUGAGGCUUUACAUACUUCUCGCUAUUUAAGUGCCUCUAUUGAUGUUAAUGGAUCCAUAAACAAUUGCACGUUGCUAUUAAAUGGAAUCAAAUAUAGUGAACAACUUUUAAAGCAUUGGCGUAGACAACAUUCAUUAGAUAAGGAAGUACCCAACAAUUUCGUGGAUGUCGAUGGAGUUGAUACCUCAUUUGACAUUAUAAAUAGACACAAUUUUAUAUUUUCGAAACAAUUUAUUGAUGGCG